UCCAACGGGUCUCUUAGUGUGCCUCUCAUUCUCUGUGUGGUCACAGCUGAGAAGAAAUUCGUCCCUCUGUGCUCUCUACCUUUUUGGUCAACUCGGGAGUGCCUCUCGCCAAUUAGGUAGCCUGAGAUGAUGGCUGAGUUUCGUAGGAGUGUUCAUCUCGAUUAAAGUACUUAUUAUUCGAGUUGACGGCGGUUUUCUUGCGUGUGGUCUUCACUGCGUUCGUCUAGAGUAUAGCCUACAAGAGCUUGUCGUUCCAGUUGUUCCUAAUACGGUGAUCUUAACGGCAAAUGCUUCUGUCACAGGACAUCUAUUGAUCUCUAAAUAUCUGUCAUUUAUUGUCAGGUUCUGGGCUCUCGGAGAUUAUAAGUCCGUCGCCACUUCUCUGUGGUACCUGUAUGUUGACUGCAUAGCUCCCACAAAACUUGAAGGCCGGUUUAAAAUCUAGAGAGAAGGAACUAGCAGGCCAGUUGCAAACAAUUCUUCAAAUACUCCCCUUUUUUGUGAUGUACAAGUUAGAAUCAUAUUUAGAGAAGGAAACAUUGAUGCUUCGUAUCAUUCUUGACCAAAGGCUUGUGGUCGGUUUUACCCAGUGAAUGAAACGCUGAAUCUUUGAUUUGCACUUAGUUAAUGGCCACGUUAAUUUUGUAGCAUUAUAAGAGAAGAGGAAGGGAGAAUUCCCUCCUACGGCACCAUUUGUCGUGGGUUUUGACGAAAUUCUGCCAAGAAAAGGGGAAUUGCGUUGUUUGAAUACAGGUGGUCAAAAUUCUCCUUUAAAAUUAGAUUCCGGUAAGAGAAACUGCUUGUGCUUUUUGUUGACUGAUGCGCUAUUCUGACGAAGUAGCCCAGUAUAUAAGAACCACCAGAAGAGCGUCACACACUGUUCUGAAAUUUCAGAUUCAGGUCAGCAAGGUACACGCGCCGCAACUAAACUUCGUGAUCCGUGCUGAAGGAAACUUCUGCUGACCAAAACCUUUGAAAUACCAGUGAACCCGAAAACAUCCUUCAAGAUGGUGCAGAUGUUUUUGCCCAAAAUCCACCGGAUGCGACGCCGCAUACGUCGUCAGAUGGCCAGGCAGCAGCAGAUGCUCGCAGACGCUGCUGUGUUCUUCGAGAACCCUGACGAAAACUAUGGCGCCCCUGGGGAGUCCCCUGCAGGAGCGCCUCCUGUCCGAGUGAAGCAGCAGGAAGAGGAGGAGGAGCUAGAUGACGAAGAAGCAGGAGGGCUUCCGGAAUGCCCCGCGCACCUCAUAACGUGCCCAGCACCUGCCAUAGACCCAAAUGCAAAACUGUCUCCACCCACGAGUCAUUUCCAGCACCUACCACAUAGCAGUGACCUCAGUAAUGCAGGUCACCAAGGCACGCAUCAGCAAGGACAGCGGGAAGAGCCUGGACCUAUGCCCGGAGUACGUCCCCCCAUGGGAGGAGCCGGGGGUAUUGUCCCACCCCCUCAGACCAAGGGCUCCGGUGCUAUGGGCAUCAUUAUGCCCCUCUACACCGUGGGUAUUGUUGUCUUCUUCGUGUACACCAUCAUGAAGGUGCUGUUCAAGAAGGGUCAGGACGACGACAAGACCCCGAAGUUGAAGGACUUCGGCCUCGACCCCGAAUACCGGAAGUACGUGUUCGCCGAGGAGUACCUGGACAACACGGACAUCUCCACCAAGGACCAGAUGAGACGCCAAGCUCGAGAGGAGUCCCGAAAUCGCAAGAAGAACCAGACGACUGAGGUCCCACCCGAUACCAAGAUAGCUGAGGGGCUCUUAAUGGACCAAGGCAGAAUGGAUACCCAGGGCAAGAAACUGGGCAACUGGUAUCUGCCAGAGGGAUUCCUUAACGAAGAUGACGUUGAAUCUGACGAAGAGUACCUCCUAAAUAAUAUUGGCGGAACAACUGUAGAAGAGUCAGCCCAGGAGUCCUUACAAGACCGUUUGUUUUCUCGCCAAAAGAAGGAUAAGAAAAAAAGGAGACAAUUCGUCUACGAAGACAUCAACUCAGAGGAGGACCUCCAGAACAUCAUCAACAUGAGGAAAACCGAAAGAGAGAACGAGCAGCGGCAGCAGCAGCAGCAGAGUGCUGCCACGAAGCGCCACCUGGAAACUGACGAUGAAGAUGGCACCAUUACAGACCUAGAUUUUCUCUACAGCGACGUUUUCCUCAAUUUAUUAAGGAAAGGUUUGAGGAACUAUGACCCAGACGGAAAUCUCGAUGGGGAAACUCUAGAAAAUAUGUGUAUAGUGGCACGGGAACACCUGAGGAAAAAAUACAUCGACAACAAGGAUGACGUUGAUGAUGAUGAUGAUGAGGAGGAGGAGGAGGGGGAGGAGGAGGAGGAGGAGGAGGAGGAGGAGGAACAAUUCCAGCAGCAGCCUCCUGACGAUGACCAUCCUGAACCAGAAACCGUGGAAAGCUCUUGCCUCGAGGGAGAAGCAGCAUCCGAGGAAAUCAUACACUACCCAGAAGAUGCAAGAUUAGAUCAAUAUGAUACCCCAACAACUAGGAGGAAAAUGGCCUCUUUCCAAGGAGAUUGCUUUAGCAUCAUAAGAGGUGAAGCAGAGCUGAGUAGUAACUUGGAAGGCAGCGAUGAAGACAGGUCUAGUUUCAAGGAGUUUGAGAGCGAGGAUGACCUUGAAUUCUCCAGCGAACCGGAGAAGGAUAUAGAUCGAAACAAGGCUGACAACGUCAGAUCAGAGAGGAUAAGGGACGUAGUUCUUAAUGAUUCGGCAGAAGAGAUGGAAGGAAAAAGUGAAUGUGAAAAAAUUUCUACGGCUAUCUCGGGCAUUCUGUCAGAGCUGGAUCAGUUCUCCAAUGAAAUCGAAGCUCGUAAGAAGAAGAAGCUGGAUGAACUGGCCAGGCUGAUAGAACUGGAAAAAGAGGAGGGAGGAGGACUAAAAGAGGAAGAAGGUACUACACCUAAUCCACAACACUUGGACGAGGACGAAUUUUUAGAUGCUUUAACCACAGAGGCCUCGUAUGAGCGGGACAAGUCGUCGUCAUCAUCAUCACCCACUCGUAACACCAAGAGCUUUCCAUCUCCCUUGCAUGAUGAUUUCUCUGAUGCUGACACCGACACAACUCACACUAUAGAUCGAGACGCAGAUGAUUUCCAGAGCGCCAACACAAACACAAGCGAAACUACCUCUCUUGACACAGACACUACCAUAGCCACGCUGGGGACAGAUCUUGAUUUAUCAGUAUUGCCUGAAAACGAAAAAGACACACCCAUGUCAGAGCCCAUCACACAAAUCUCAGCCAUUCAGCUUGUUAAAUCAAAUAUCCCUCCAAUGAUAGAGGCCGUCUCAGAGCCACAAAUGAAUUCAAAUUCUCUUGUACAAGUUUACGAAGCAUCUGACAUAACUAUGCAAACAUGUGUUCCAAAUGUUGUGUGCAAAGAACCAGCCCCUUAUGAUGUUCAGCCUGUAAAUGUUGAUUCCAUGGACACCUCAUCUGAUCAACCCUUGACUAAAAAGUCCACACCUACACCCCCUACUUCUGUGAUUCCCUCAAGUACAUCAAAGAUUACCAAUCAUAUUUCCACAUCACUCACUAGCAAUAGACAGAGCGUACACAGUAAGGAGAAUUAUUCUAACAAGCAGAGUCCACAGCCUCAGGUUCCACAGCAAUACCAAAAUACAAACUUCUCAAAUGUUCCCUCAAAGAAAGUCAAACAUUCUACACCUUGUAACAUUACACAACAACAGUGUCCAUCUGCUCCAAACAACAAACACAAAAACAAAAGAAAGCGCAGUCGAAAGAGAGGCAAAAAGCGUGGUGGUAGCACUUGGCCUUCUGCGUUGAGUAUUAACCCAGUCAUCGAUAGAGUCAUAGGCCUGGAUACUGUGCUGGAGUCUGCCGCUGCCUCCACUGCCGCUGCCAACAAAAAGGAGGAGGUGGGUGAGAUGACAAGUGAAGAAGAUCUAACAAGCAGCGAGGCCCUUACUACAACCCUGAGUGAGGAUACAUCCCUUCCAGCCUCACUGCAGCGUCAUCUUGAGGAGAUCCAGGUAGAACAGUCUAAUUUCUCAGAUAUUUUGAAAGAGGUGGGUCAACUUCAGUUGGGUCAACUUCAGUUUGAGGCCACCCCUCCUCUGGGUGUGUCUUUAAAUGGGACUUUGCCUCAGGCUGAAGUCACAGAUGCUGUAGAUAAUACUGAUGUGCAAGGACAAGAAGUUUCUGCUAUAGGGGAUUUCAUUCCAGCUGGUCGCACCGUCAUCCAGUUGCAGGCACUGAAAGAUGAUGGCGUCCCAAUAGAAGAACCUGAAGCAGCACCAACUGAAGAACCCUUGCCAGCAGCAUUAGAAACAGAAGAAGCCAUACAUGAAGAAAAGCCCAAUAUUGAAGAAGUACAAAUUCCUGAGCUUCCAGAAAAAAGGGAAGAUGCAUAUCCAGAAAAGGAAAAGGAAUUUCAAACAGAAGCUCCCUCUGAUGUACAUGAAACAACUCCACCAGCUGUUUCAGUUCCAGAAAAGGUGUGUGAGGAACCCCGUCGUCCUUCUGGAACAUGUGAAACUGAAGAAAAGAAUGGGUUGAAUGAUGAACCUGAUGCUGAGGAAGCUGUUGCUCUUCCAGUACCUGUUUCUAAAGAGGACACAUCCAAACCCACAGCUGAACCUCCUGUAGUUCUUGCACGGGAAAUGAGCAGUGAGGGAUCUUCAGAAGCUACUGAGACUGGUGCUGACAUUUCAGAUCUUCGGUCAUUUGCUGAAGAAAAUGCUAAUAAAGAAAAUGCAGAGAAUAACAUUCCAGCUCAACAAAGUAUCGUCCCACCUCUCGUAAUGGAAUUAAGUGUAGAGAAAGAUGAAGAAUCUGUGUCUGUAUGCAAAGGCCAAGGCACUCAAACAUCCUUUGCCUUUUCAGUAGUACCAACCCCUCAAAUUGACAGUAAGGAAGAUAGUACACAAACAGAAAAAGAGCAAGAAGUUGCUGUUUUAGGAAUGAAUACCUCAUUUCGGCAUGAUGAGGGCGGAGUAGAAACAAAAGGUGGUAGUCAUGGUCCUGUGCCUUCUCACCAAGUGACAGAAAUUCUCCUUGAUGCUCUUCUUCCAUCUGAGACUCAGCUAUUAGUUAAAGAUGCACAGGUAGUUGGCUCUUCCCAUGCACAAGACAUAGAAAUUGAAGCUAGCGAAGCCGGAGCUGUUCCAUGUGUUGUCACCAGCAAUGUAAGUUUAGCAUUUCUUGGGCUAGAACAUAGGGAUGAUAUAACACCCUCACCAUCAAAUAACAGUACACUUAUUGCAGAUGAUGCACCCGAUAAUGUACAACAACAAGUAAAGGAUACACCAGUGGCAGCUGAGGUUGCACCAGAUAAUGUGCAUAAGGAAGUAAAGGACACCCCAGUAGUUGAUGAGAAUCAGGAAGUAAAAGACACCCCAGUAGUUGAUGAGAAUCAGGAAGUAAAGGACACCCCAGUAGUUGAUGAGAAUCAGGAAGUAAAGGACACCCCAGUAAUUGAUGAAACUCAGGAAGCAACGGAAACACCAGCAACAGGUGCAGAUGUGCUAGAUAAUGCAGAGCAAGGAUUGGAGGAUACAGUAAUAGUCAAUGAGAAUGUACCAGAUAACUCACAGCAGGAAAUAAAAGAUACACCAAAGCAAGAAAGUCAGGUUUUAGGAACUGAAAAGCAAGAAUUAAUUCCAGAAUCUACUGUGUGUGAAGGUCCAGCAUCUACUGUACCUGAAGGAUCAGAUGAAAAAUUGCUUCAGAAGGCUCAGGAAACUGGGAGUGUGGUCAUUUCAGAAGUAACUGUAAAGACAGAGAUAUCUGAUACCAAUGAAAAAUUGCUGCCUGAAAUAGGGAGCAAGAAAGCAACAGAUCAGAUUCCCCAGAGUGAAUUACUUCCAGACAACAGUGACUUAGUAGCAAGAAAUGAAGUGAGUGAUACAGAAAAACCUGAAAAGGAAAUAUUAAAGUCAUCAUUGAUACCUGAGAGAACAAUAGGAGAACAACCUGCUGAAGUCUUGCCGAGGCCUAGCAGUCCUUUGCCCCCUCAUAGACCAGAAGAUGAGGAAGAAUUAGAAGAAGAAGAAAAAGAGCCAGAUGUUGCUCCACAGAUUCCAAUUACCCCUUCAUUGGAAGCCAUUGCAGAAGCAGUUGCAGCCGCUACUACUCGAGCAGCUCUUGAUGUUAUAGCUACAUCUAAACCAGAAUCAUUCUUGACACCAGAGGAAAUUCAGUCAAUCACAACCAGAUCAACUUUUCUAACAGAGGAAAUUCCAAUGGAUCAGUCUCCAACAUCAACUGAUGAAUCCUCAUCUGCUACUACAGUUGUAGCUGUUAGUGACGUAGAUGAUGCAGUUGUAUCAAAAACACAACCUCAAAAUAGCACAGAAACAGCGCCUAGCAAAACAUCAUCGCAAUCUUCUGUAGUGUAUGUAGCUACCAUUUCCCACUCACCAUCUGGAUCUCCUUCAUCCACUCCUGAGAUGGAACUUAGUGGAGAAGCAGUUGAGGCAGCAUUAGCAGAAGCAGCACUGGAGGAAAUAUCAAAUAACUCUGGUGUGAAGCCUAAUACACAAGAAAAACCAGCAGCCCAGGAAGGCCCAGGUGCCACCACUGUCAGCCCAAAGAACGAGGAUAGUCCGACAUCGAGUAAGGGUUCAAGCCCCGACAUGGAUGAAUAUGAGGUCAUAACCAAAGAGGAAGACCACACAACUACUGCAACAAAAGAAAAGAAUUUGAAGGAAGGGGCUGAAACAGCAAAGAUUGAAACCAAGAUGAGUGCAACUGCUGCUCAGAAAGUAGAAGAAACCACGGAGGUAGAAGAGGAAGUUGAAAAUGAAGAAGAGGAAGAGGAGGAAGAAGAAGUAGAGGAGGAAGAGGAAGUUGAAGAGGUCCCAAAGAAAGACAGUGCAACCAAAAGACCAGCAGCAGCAGCAGCAGCAGCCAAAGCAGCAGCACCACCAAAAAGUGAUGCUGUGACAGAGGAAACAUCAGAUGAUGAAUGAUGAGAAAAAAUAAGAAAAGAAUGAAUCGUUAUCUCAUAUAUCAUGAAUUUAAACUGGCAGCCAUAAAUGACACAUUCAACAUUAUGAGUGAUGAUUUCUUCCCUUUGCGAAGGAGAUAGGAUGGCCAUAGAUGUGAAGUAGUUUAUUUAUGUAGCAGCUUCCUCAGGAAUGUAAGUAAGGUUUGAGAUUUGAUACUUAUUGUGUACAGCUUUUAUAAUCUGCAGUUCUGAAUAUUAAAUUUGAUUAUGGCACAAUCAUGAUUACUUUUCUCAAUGAAUGUAACAGCAAUUUGGUGCAAAAUUGUGUUGCUGUACAUGAACUUACGGUCAUACACCUAAAUUGAUCCAUGGCAAUCUGUGAGUGAACAGGUUUUUCUUCAAAAUCGUCUGCAUCAGACUGGGCUAUCUUAAAUGUAUACGGCAUGUGAUGUGAGACUGAACCAUUCACUGCCCACUUAUAUAUAUGAAAAAUUUUCCAGAAUGUCAACAUUAACUGUAUCAUGGUCUAAGCGUACAUUGUUUAGAAAUGAGUCAGAUCUGACACUGCUGAGUUGGAACAUAACUAAACUCUUUCACAUCUACAUCAGUCAUUUUCCAAACUCAUGAAUGCUCGAAACACCUCCAGUGCUGUCUUUGUGACGUGUUGAUGAUACACAGAAAAACAUCAAAGAAACGCAGGUGAAGCUGACAAGGUAGAUCCUGUCUUAAUCCCAGAAACAUAGACUUGGAAUACUUAAGCAUUCGUAGCCAAGUUUGACCCAAGUUGAUCGCAGUAUGAAUAAGUGGAUGAAUAAUGACGAAGUGUGUAGCUAUGAUUUAUUUGUAUACUGACAAAUCCAGUUUUAUCCAUUUGGAAUAUUCAUUUGAGUACAGUUUUUUAAUUACCUGUGAUAAUUUUGUUUAAAUCUUUGCUUGCAUCAAAGAAUGAACAACUGCAGGGUAGCCAUCAGAAUUGCAGUAUCAUUUAUUCUUAAAAGCAUUGAGAAUUUCUAUUCAAAGAUUACUUAUUAUUACUCAUUCUUAUGAUAGAACAUUCAAGGUCAUUUGAAAUUAAAAUAUCAAAUGUUUUCAUUAAACAGUAAAGGCUCUUAUUAUUAUUAUAUUAUUAUUCUACUGUUUUGUUAUAUAUAUAUAAUAUAUAUAUACAGUGUACACAAAUUAAAUGUAUAUUCUUAAACUCAAAUGAUUAUCACUGAUUUUGUAAGCCUGACACUAUUUAGAUUUAGUGUGGAAGCAGUAUGAAUUUAGCCAUUUGCUAGAGUGAACUGGAACCUUUAAAAAAAUUGGUACUGUACAGUAUAUGGUUUCAGAUAAGAUAGUGUACAGUGUUACGAAUCUUGAAUACAUAACAUACGAAAUUAGCAUAAAAUCUAGGGUAAUUUUAAACAAUUUGCAUUACAAGGAACUGAUUUAAGAAGUAUUUGUUAUUUGUUUCUUUAUUUACAACAAAGUCUGUUUGUAAAAAAAAUAUCCUUUAAAGCUGGAAUUAUAAAAGCAGCUUUGUAAUGAAAUCUUAUUUAUCUUGCUUCUUAAUUUUAUUUUAGUUUUAAAUUUCUAUCUUAUAAGGUAAUUAUUAUGCUUCAUUCUCAGCAAUUAAGGGGAGUUCUUACAAGGGGGAAUAGCCUUUGUCCUAUGAAAUGCAUGACAAUUCAUACAGGAGUUUUCAUAUAUUUUCCUGCUUUGCACUUAAAGAUUUCAGAAGCAUCGAAAAUUUUUAUGUGACCAUCUAGAAACCUCUUUCUCCACUUGUUUGUCCUAAGAAUUCACUACGUCGGAAAUUAAAGUGUUUUGAUUUUGAUUUUCAUCUCCAUUUAGGUGUUGGAUGGUAGCUGUAAUGAAGUAAUGACAACCAACGUGCAGUGAAGAUUUAUAUCAUUUUUAAAGGAAUUUAUUAUAUGAAUAUCUCCGAAGGCUACUUUUGCAGGCAAUGUAUCCUGUUACAUUAUAUAUGGAAAUUAUGCUAGUUAACUCCUUAUAGCUUCUUGAAUGGAUUGCCAUACUGUAUGUGAAAGUAGAUGCCCAAUUUUGUAUUGAGGUUUUCUAUUUUUCCAUACUGAAUUAAAGUAUAUCAGAUAUUUUAAGAGCAUCCAGUGUUUUCUGUCUGGUCUCUAAGGAAAUGGUACACAUAGGUGCAUCACUGUCUUGGCUUGUUACUUAGUGGAGAAAACAUGUUUUAUGCAAAAUAAAUCUGCAGUGUAAUUACUUGUUAAAGGUGAAUGAUUCUUUCUGUGUUAAGGAAGAGAAAUGUAUAUAGAGCUUAAAUUUCACUAUUUUUUCACGUUAACACGAGGCUCUCCCUUAUGUACAAAACUGAGAAGAACUGAUGACACAGGAUGAUCCAGUUGGUGUUGGUGAUGAUAGAUAAACUGUGAAGUAAGAUGACAACUGAUAAAAGAAUCCUUAUCAAGGCGCAUCAUUGCUGAGGCCGUAAUGUACAUAUAUGUCUCAUUUCCUUUUGUACAGCAUGCAGCAAACAUUACAGUUCAGCUAUAGUAAUAUGUAUUUAUAUUCACGAUAAGGUUAGUAGUACAUUUUCCUUUGUCCAAGAAAUUGUACUAUAAUUAAAUUAACAGGUUUUACCAAAUCAUGCACAGUGGAUUGCGAGUCAGUAACUAUUCCUUACCCUUUAAAUUCUCAAACCCUUUUAGCCAGCCCUUUGAGAAACUGUAUUCUUCACGUGUUGAUUUAGUUCAAUUAUCUUUGAUAGCUGACUAAUCUAAAAUACAACUGUUUUUCCUAUUAGGAAUUUUUGGUUCUUUAUAGAUUUCCUCUUCAAGAACUAUUCACCAAUUGUGCUUUUCAUGCCUGGCUCAUGGAAGCUCGUCUCACUUGGCUAUGGACAAGAUCUGAUCGAUAUAAGCAUUCUUAUGAAUUCAUUGUUGUUAUGUUUUGAAGUGACUUCAUUUUCUUUUGUGCAUUUUUGAAAGUCCUCAAGGAUACACAUUUUUGUUCCUCAUAUAAAUAUAAAGCAUUUAUGUUUCUAGACAGUUGUAUGUGAUAAAGUUCUGUUACUGUGAGUAAUGUCAUUAGGAUAUAUGUCAUUACUGGAAUGUUGUGGCAGUCAUUGAUUAUAUUUAUAUACAGUAUAUAUUUAUAGAUGUAUAAAUAUAUAUCUGUAUAUGUAGAGUAUAUGUAUUUAUAUAUAUACAUACAUGUAUAUUAUGUACUAUACAGUAUGUAUACAUGUGUAUAUUGUUAUACAUAAAUGUGUAUAUUAAAGUAAUCAGUCCAUUCAGUGUAGGUCAGGGAAUUGAUUACUCCUCCUCCUCAUGUAGGCUACAAAAUCCUUUUCUGUAUUUAAAUAUAAUUCUUUUACUGAGUUAUCAUGGGUUGUGAGUUAGUUUAGAUGAGGGAAGCACUGAGCUUCGUAUCUCAACCGAGAUGGAGAAAUUUAUUUUUAAAUGCUGUUGGAUCUGUGGAAGGUUGCUUUAACACACACCAUACUGUAUAUAAAAAUAUGCACAAUAUGUAUGUAUAUACACUGGUAUAUAUGUAUGUAUAUAUGUGCAUAUGUAUGUACAUAUAUAAAUAUAUGUAUGAUAUGAAAGUGGUAGAUUACUAUUUUAGAGUAAUAUUACACUAAGUGCAUCAUCAUUGUUGCCAAGAGUAUGACUUGCAGUUACGAUUUAUAUAAUUAGCAUUUAACCAUCUCAGUAUCCCUUUCCCUUUUCAACUGCGCUGCUCUAGCCUAAGGUCCCUCUAUUUCAAUUUUCAUAUACUACUGUUUAUUCUGUGUAUAGUUCUAUUUUUUAUUUUUCUUAUGGUUACAUUCAGGCUUUUUUCUUGUUUUUUUUCUGAUACCUGACAGAUUUUAGCAUUAUAAAGAGAGCAGACUACUACAAUUCAGACAAGCAAAUAAACGUGAUCCUUCUCACUCUCUCUCUCUCUCUCUCUCUCUCUCUCCAAAUUCUCAACCUGUGUUAGUUUUUAAUAUAUUCAGGCACAAGAAUCUGCUGGUUUUAUUUAAGUGUGUAAUUAUUAGUGGAUCAAGCAAUAUAUAUAUACAUUCUAGUCAUUUGUAUAAUCUAGUCUAUUUUGGAAUCGGUUUAGUAUGUUGGUUAUUCAGGUGUUGACACAUAAAAUUUGUGAAUCAAUACUUAAUAAAUCAUAUUACACUGU